AUGGCGGGGAAGGAGCGCCUGCCGGGUUUGGGCGCGAAGGGCCGGGGGCGUGGCCGGGCGCUGAGGCGGCGCGGGAGAGCCGGGCUUCGCUGCGCCCGCCGCCCGCCCAAAAGGGGCGCCAGCCGCGUUGGGGGCUGCCCAGCUCUGCGGCUCUUUCCCAGGGGCGGCGACGACGACGACGAGGACGACGACGACCUCCACUCCGUCGACUGCCUGGAGAAGGCCUUCGCGGCCCUGCAGCGGAAGAUCGAGGCGGACUUCUCCCAGGUGGAGGGCGUCCAGAGGAAGGUAAAAGCUUUGAGCAUCGACUGGGAGGAGCGACAUCAGCGACUGAAGGUGGAGCAGGAGAAGGUGGCAGAGCUGGAAGCCCAGAUAAAGCUCCUGAACACCAAGCAGGAGGAAGCCUUGGCUUCCCUUCAGGCCGACGUGCUGCACGCUGCUGCCCAGAUCCAGGAGAAGGAAGGGCUGGCCGAGCAGCUCAGGGCAGAAGUCGCCUCGCUGGAGGAGAGGGUGCGGGUGGCUUGCCAGGAGGCUGCCGAGAGCGCUGCUGAGCUGGAGAAGGGAGCCCACGAGGCCCGGCUGGCUUUGGAGGCCAGUCUUCAACAGCUGGCCAGAGAGGACUCUGCGAGACAAACCUUGCAGGCUGGGCAUGAGACCCUCCUGCCACACCUCUGCGAGCGCUUCCCCUGCGGCCCGGAUGCUGAGCAGCCGGGAAUGGCUGAGGGAGCAGAAGCCUCUGCAGGAAAGGCACUGCAAGGGCAGGCGCAGGGGGCAGGCGGUGGCCUCCUGGAAGAAGCUGACCCCAGAGCCACCAGGUUAGCCCUUAUCACCAGAUGGGUGGCUGCUGCCUCCUCCUCCGGUCUUCUUUUGGCUCUUAGCAGGCUUGCGCUGACUCCCCGGAGCCAUCGGUCAGGGAAGAAGCUGUGUUCGGAAGCUGCUCGUUGUUUCAAAAAUGUGCAUCAGUGUUCAGGACUCCUUUCUGGGAAAGGUUUCUGCUUGACUUACAGAUAGGGAGCGCUGAUGAAAGUUGUGCCGUGCUGCUGUUGUCUUUCUAAGAUGCACCUCUUGCUUCCUGCUGGAGCUGAUCAUCCCUUGGUGUUGAAUAAAAAUGUGUAUGCUGCAGAA